AUGGAAAUUGUAAAUUUUUCAUCUGAAAAAACUAUUUAAAAUUACUCAUCUAGUUUAAUUUUAGAAAUUUGGGGAUUAGAAAAGGAUUCUAGAGUUAGAUUUCUUCUUAAAGAUUAAGAAAUUAUUGAAAUACAGAAGAAAAUAUUUUCAAAAGAUCUUCAAUCUAUGAAUGAGAAUCUAAAAUAAAAUGUUUAGAAAAGAAUGAAAUUUAUAGAGGAAUUAGAAUUUUAAGUAAAAUAAACAGAAGAUGAAGAUAUUAGAAAUCAAAAAAUGCAAUAAAUUUAAUAAGAAUAUUAAGAGUUCUAAGAAUAUUUAGCAAAUUUACAUGAAAUGGAAUAAUAAUUGAAUAUCACUUUAUAUUUUCUUAUAGAUAUUAAAAAAGACAUAAGAGGACUGAAAUUUAAACUAGAAAGUUUAGAAUAAAAUCUUGAGAACAUAAAAAGAGAUGUUACUUAACUUAAAGGUAAAUCUUUUAGAGAAUUAUUUGAAGUAAGGAAAUAGAAUGUAUUAUAAAAUAAAAAGAAAUUAGAAUUGACUAAAGUAUUUGUGCCUAUUUAUUGUAAAACAAAAUAAGAUAAUUAGAUAAUUUUAUUGCUUGAUAAUGAAAAAAUGAAUAAAAAAGCUGCAAUUAAUUUAUUUCUGUUAAAGGAAUCUAUUCUUUAUCACAAUUCUUAAGUUGAUGUCUUAGUAAUUUAUGGAUAAACAGGUUCAGGAAAGUCCACAAUAGCAAGAAAAAUAGAAGAAUUUUUAUGGGAAUAAUAUGAUUCAUAAUAGAGUAAAUAUAUACCUAUUUUUAUAAAUUUACCAAAUAUUUAAGAUCCUAGAUAGGGUAUAAUUAAUUAGAUAUUAGAAUCUGAAUAAUAUUUAUUUGAUAAAAUUUAAGUCAGAUAAUUAGCUGAAGAAGUUGAUCAAAAUAAAUUAACAUUAGUUUUGAUAAUGGAUGGCUAUGAUGAGAUGAAAUCUUAAUAUUAACAUUUAAAUUUAUAUACCCUUAAUUAAAUUAGUACUUAAUGGAAACGAUCUAAAGUUAUUUUUACUACCAGAUACAGUGUAUAGUUUUAAUUUAAACAUUAAAUAUAAGAGGCAGAAAUUUGUUCUUUUACAAAUGACUAAUAAAAUUAAUAUAUUCAGUUAUAUGUUGUUUUGUAAUUUAAAUCAACGCUGCUCAAAUUUUAUCAGAAUUGUCUUCGAUAUAUUUAAAGAGUCUUUUGUCAUUAAGAAUUUUCAUAAUUAUGGAAUUAGAUAUAAGAACUUAUUAUAUUCAAUAAAAGAAAUAUAUUUACAGAAACUGAUUAAUUUCUUGACUCUAAUGAACUCUAUUAACUCAGUUUUUUUCUAAAUUAACUUUAUCCAAAUAAAAUUAAAGAAUAAACUUAUGCAGAUUUGAUUUAUCAUUUAAAUGAAGAAUGCUAACAAAUUUGGAGUGCAAAAAAGUACUCUGAUAUAAUUAAUUAAUUAAAUCUUAGAAACAUUUUAUAGAUGCCAUUUAUGCUAUAAAUAGUGCUGAAAGUACUACCAGAAAUUCCAAAUAUGUGUUCAGACUUGAAAUUAUUAAAAAACAUAUUUGUUUAAAAUUAUGUUAAAUUUAAAGAAAGAAAACAUUUGAUAAAAAAAUUUUCAAAAUCAAAAAAAGGGAUCAUUUAAGAAUUUAAUAAAUAAAUAGAGGUUAGAAAUGUUUAAAAUUAUUGGGAAAUUUUAUUAGAAAAAGAAGUUUUCAAAAAUUAUUCAUUUCUGAAUAAUAUUAAAUUAAAUAAUAAUCUACUGAUUAUUAAUAAUUACUCUUUUAAUUUUGGAGAAGAAUGUGAAAUAAUAAAAGAAGCAUUAAUUAAUUAAGAUUUUUCAACUUAUUAAUUUUAUACAUUUUUUGUAGAUUGGUAUCAUUAAGAAUAGAUUUAAAAGAUUUAAAAUAAUUAAAUAAAUAUUGAUAAAGAGAUUUUUAUAACUGAUUUAAAUAAUUUUUCUUAUUAGUUAGCUUUAGAAAUGACAGAGCAUGAUUUAACUGUUUUAAACUAUAGCAAAAAAGGACUUAUGAAUUUUGGAAUUGAUAAUGAAUUUCCAGAAUCAUGGGCAGAUAAAUACUUUUGUUAAAAAGAUAUUGAAAAUGAGUAUUUGUGCCUUUUAAGAAAAUGUUCUCUUUUAAAUUAGAAAGGAAAUUAAUAUUCAUUUUUGCAUAAAUCUAUCUAAGAAUUUUAUGUAUCUAAAAAGAUAGUUGAUUUUAUUGAUCUAUUAGAAAAUUUUAAUUUAGAAUAACUAAACUCUUAAGUUACAAAUUAUUAAAUUUAAGAUGAGAAAAUUUUAAAAAAUGAUCCAAAUAUAAAAAAGUUUAUUAAUAUUAUUUAAACUAACAAGUUUAGCUAACUAAAUCUAUCACAAUAAUCUUUUCGAGGUAUGAUUCCUUUUUUAAAAGCAUAAAAAGCUAGAAUUAAGUAAUUUAAGUUAGCUUUGUUGGUGAUUAUUAAAUUAUCAAAGUUAUUUGAUAAUUUUGAAUAAGCAGCAGGAAAUUCUUUAUUAAUCUUAAAUUAGAUUGGAAUAUUAUUUAAUUAAGAGAAUUUUUCUUAUAUAAGAGUAAAAAAUACUGAUUUAAGUGGAGCAUCUUUUUAUAAGACAAAUUUAUUAAAUUCAAAAAUGGAAUAAAUAGUUAUUUCUUAAUGCAAUUUUAACAAAGCUUUAUUAAAGAAUUGUGAAUGGAAAUAAGUUUAUUGUAAUGAACUUACAUCAUUAUACGGACACAAAAGAGCAGUUAAUUCUAUUGCAUUUUCCCCUAAUGGUUAAAUUUUAGGAUCAGCAAGUGAUGAUAAAUCAAUAAUAAUUUGGAAUACAAAUAAUUGGAAAGAAAAGUUAAGAUUAUUGGGACAUAAAGAUAAAAUAAAACAAUUGAUGUUUUCUCCAAUAGAAGAACUAUUAGUUUCAUGUAGUAGGGAUAAAUCUGUAAUAAUAUGGAACAUUUAAAAUAAUAAGUAAGUUUAUAAGUUUAAAGGUCAUAAGAAAAGUGUUAAUUGGGUAGUUUUUUCUCCAAAUGGAUAAUUUAUAGCAUCAGCAAGUACAAGAGAAUUUAUAUUAUUAUGGAAUCGAAGAAAUGGAAAUAUUUUAGUAACUAUUGAUCAAUAUUAAAAAUGCAAAACAUCAAUAAUAUUUUCUUUAGAUGGGUCUUUGUUAAUCUUUGGUAAUAAUGAAAAUUCGAUAAAAAUUUGGAAUAUAGAAACUGGAUAAGAAUAAUCUUAAUUGAAAGGUCAUGAUGGAAAGAUUACUUCACUUUCUAUAGCUUUAUAUAGAGAUAAGGAAAUAAUUGCUUCUGCAAGUCUAGAUUCUACAAUUAGGCUAUGGGAUAUGAAAAUUGGAACUGAAAUAACAUGUUUUAAAUCUUAAAGUCUGAUAAAAUUUAUAACUUUUUCUUCAGAUGGAUAAAUCUUAGCAUAUAUAAAUGAAAAUCAUUCAAUAAAUUUAUUGAAUGUUUCGACAAAGGAAAUAAUAGAAAAAUUAGUAGGGCAUUCAAAUGUUUUAAAUUCUCUAUCAUUUUCUCCAAAUGGUUAAAUAUUAGCAUCUUCCAGUAGUGAUGGAUCAAUUGUUUUAUGGAAUUUAUAAGAAAUAAAACAAUUUUAAAAUAGAUAAGGACAUUUAAAAAGUAUAAAAAGUAUAGCUUUUUCUCCAGAUGGAUGUAUUGUUGCAUCUUCAAGUGAAGAUAGAUAUAUUUUAUUAUGGGAUAUUAAAACAGGAUCUUAAAUUUAUAAAUUGCAAACACAUUAAAAGGUUGUCAAUUGUUUAGUAUUUUCUCCUGAUGGUGAGAUUUUAGCAUCAGGAAGUAAGGAUAAAUCAAUUGUUAUUUGGAAUGUAAAAAUUUGGAAGGAAAUUUAAAUUUUUAAAGGACAUAAUGAUUAAGUUUUGUCUUUAGCAUUUAGUAACAAUGGUAUUUUAUUAGCAUCUGGAAGUUCUGAUAAAACCAUUAAAAUAUGGAAUAGAAAAGGUGAAGAAAUAUGUAUUUUAGAAGGGCACAAUGAUGAAGUAACUUCACUAUGUUUUUCUAUUGAUGAUAUUCUGUUAUUAUCUUGUAGUUUUGAUAAAAAUAUAAUAUUUUGGGAUAUAAAUACUGGAUAACAAAUUUAGAAUAUUUAUAUGCACAAUAAAAAUAUUAAAUCAUUAACUAUAUCUCCAGAUGGACUAUUAUUAGCAUCUGCUGGCAUUGAUAAAUAGAUUUGCAUAUGGAAUAUCCAAACUGGAAUUUAAAUUUAACUAUUUGAAAAACAUCAUGAACUAAUAAAUUAAAUUGCAUUUUCGCCAGAUGGGAAAACUCUAGCAUCUUGUAGUUUGGAUAAACAAAUAAUCUUAUGGGAUAUUACUACAGGUUGCAUAAUUGAAACUCUUAAAGAGAAUAGUAAUAGUGUAACAACUUUAGCUUUUUCUCCAGAUGGAGAGAUUUUAGUAUCUGGAACUAGUGAUUCAUAGAUUAGAUUUUGGGACAUUAAAUUAAUUAAUAAAGUAACAAAUAUUGAAAGUCUCAUUGAUAAAAACAACUGUAAAUUAUAAAUAAAUUCAUUGGCAUUUUCUCCUGAUGGUUUAAUUUUAGCUUCUGGUGAUUCUAAUAAAUAAAUUAGCAUAUGGGAUAUUUAGACAGGAAAACUAAUUUUUUAAAGAGAAAAACAUUAUAAUUAUAUUACUUCUGUUUGCUUUUCUCCUGUAGAUAAUAUUUUAGCAUCUGCAAGUUAUGAUUAGAGUAUUAAAUUUUGGGAUUAUAAAAAAGGAGAAUUAAUAAAAACUAUUAAUUCUAAAAUUGGUACCAUAUAUUAUAUUACAUUUGCUCCUGAUGGAAAAAGUAUUGCGGCUCUUACUAAAUUUUAGGUUAUAAUAUGGGAUAUAAACCAAUCUAAAUAAAUUAUAAAAUACAAACUUGAAAGUAAAAAGGCACUUAUUUCCUUCUCACCUAAUGGAUAAUAAUUAGCUAUUGCAUAGAAAAAGAUUUAAAUAAUAAUAUUAGAUAUAAAUAAAUAAAAUUGUGAUAUCCAUCUAGUUGGACAUAAUAGGUCAAUUACAUCAAUAUAGUUUUCAAAAAAUUAAAAUCUUUUGAUUUCUGGAAGUAAGGAUAAACGACUUUUUUUAUGGAAUUUAAAUUCAAAAAAUAAAACUCUAUUUUUAGGUCACAAAUAAAAAAUUGCUUGUGUGUAAUUUUCUCAUGAUGAUUCAAUUAUAACAUCUGUUAGCUAUAAUAGUGAAAUCAUUUUUUGGGAAACAGCAACAGCAUUAAUACUUAAAAUAGUUUAAGGAUAUAUUAAUUUUGGAAAUACAAUUGCAAUUUCACCAAAUGGAUAAAUUUUAGCUUCAGCUGAUAUAGGUUAACAUAUUAACUUAUGGGAUUUAAAUUCGGAAUAGAAAAUACUUGAAUUUUAAAAAAUACAAUCUAAUGCACUUUUAGCUGUAACUUUUGAUAAGAAUUAUUAAUUUUUAGCAUUUGCUUGUAAAGAUUAUUCAAUCAGUAUAUGGAACCUUAAAAAUAAUUAAGAAAUUUAACAACUUAAAAACAUUAAUGAAUUGGUGUUGUCUAUUAUGCUAUCAUAAAAUGGAAUGCUUUUGGCAAUUUCUUGUAUAAAACAAUUAAAAAUUUAUUAAAUUGAUAAGGGAUUAAAAAUAUUUGAAAUUGAAAUAUAAAAUGAACUGGUAAAUUAAAUUCUAUUUUCACCCAAUGAAUAAAAAUUAAUUAUAAUAAACAACAACAACUCUAUAUAAUAUUGGGAUCUUUUUGAGAAAUAUUUAAUUUUUUAAAUAGAAUCAUUUAAUUCUAUGAUAAAAUCUAUAGAAUUUUCUUAAGAUGGAUUCAUUUUAGGAGUUCGUAAUAUUUAGAACACAAUAAGAUUUUGGAAUCUUUAGACUUGCUAAGAAAAUUUUACAUUCGAUGUUAAUAAUUGUCAAUUACUAACUUCUACUUUAUUUUCAGAUGAUGGAUCUCUAUUAGCUAUUCCUGAUAAUGAUAAUUACAUAAGAAUUCUAGAUUUAACGACCAAUUCAGUAAUUUAAACAAUUUAAAUGGAAAAUUUUAAUUGUCUCUAAUCUAUUUUUAAAUAGAAAUCAAAUCUAUAAAAAUCUUAAUAAUUACUUUAAAAAAAGGAUUAAACUGAUUAGUAUCAUCAUUACUAAAGGAUUUGUUAAUCAAGUUGUUAUAAAAUUAUUGGGAUUUCUUGUCCCAUGGCUGCAAAUUUUGCUGAUAUUACUAAUUCUUAAAUUUGGUCAAAAGAGGAAUAGAAUCUUAUUCCAUUAUUAUUAUAAAAAGGAUCAUUUCAGCAUAAUUUAAGUAUCAAAUGA